ACAUAAUUAAAUACAUACGUUUUCAUCAAUCUUUAAGCUUUCCAUUCACUUGUAUUAUUCAUGGCUUUGAGACAAGGCAUUUUCAUUGUCCCUUCAAUAUUGAUUUUAUUGGUGGUUGCAACUUCUUUGAUCUUAGUUUCAGUGGAAUCUUGUGAUGAUCAAAAGCCUGAAUACCAAAGUAAAUGGCUAAACCAUGGAGGAGACCUUCAAAACCGGAGAUACGCCGAGCUAGAGACGAAAAUAAGUCCGAAAACAGCCCAAAACCUCAAGCUAAACUGGGAAUUCGAAGCCAAAAGCUACACAACAGCAACACCAGCUAUAUAUGAAGGAACCAUAUAUUUCACUAGCUUUGAUGGUAACGUUUAUGCUAUCAAGCAAUCGGAUGGAUCGCUUGUUUGGAAGCAAAAUUUGCACGAAAUAACCGGGUUUAAUUCGACUAUAAUCUUAUUCAAAGGGACUCUAGUAUUGUCAAGAGCAACUCCAACAAUAGCUAAUGACUUAGUGAUUGUUACAAUGUAUGGCCCUGCUGUUGUUCUUGGGUUUAGAAGAGAGAGUGGUGAAUUUGUGUGGAUGACUCGCCUUGAGGAUCAUCCUGAUAGUGUAAUUACCAUGUCCGGGACUUACUAUAACGGGGGAUAUUAUGUAGGAACAUCCUCACUAGAAGAGUUAGCCAGCAUAGACAAAUGCUGCACAUUUCGUGGAAGUUUUGCAAAACUUGAAGCUAAAACAGGAAAAAUCCAAUGGCAAACUUAUAUGCUACCAGAUAACCAAGGAAAGCAAGGAGAAUACUCAGGGGCAGCCAUAUGGGGUAGCAGCCCUUCCAUCGACGUGUCGCGAAACCUCGUCUACAUAGCCACAGGCAACCUCUACUCGGCUCCAGAGCGAGUAGAGGCAUGCCAAGAAAGAGAAAACAAUCAGACAAUCCCUACACACCCUGAGGAGUGUAUAGAGCCCGAAAACCACGAAAACUCGAUUUUGGCUCUAGAGUUGGAGAGUGGUGACAUUAAGUGGUACCAACAGUUAGGAGGGUAUGAUGUAUGGUUUGCUAAGUGUAUGAAUCUUUCAACCCCGAAUUGUCCUCCAGGGCCUAACCCUGAUGCUGAUUUCGGGGAGGCGCCGAUGUUGUUGAGUGUGGUGGUGAAUGGUUGUCGAAGAGAUGUUUCUGUUGCUGUUCAGAAGAGUGGGAUUGCUUGGGGUUUGGAUAGAGAUACCGGGGAUGUCAUAUGGAGCACGGAGGCUGGACCAGGAGGCAUGAAGGGAGGAGGCAUAUGGGGAGCCGCGACAGAUGGAAAAAGAGUCUACACCAACAUAGCCAAUAGUGAUGCCAAAAACUUCACUCUCAAGCCAUCAAACUUAACCACAAAAGCUGGAGGAUGGGUGGCAAUUGAUCCUCGAGGUGGGGAAAUCUUAUGGACUACGGCGAAUCCUAGCAAUGGUGUUAGCUUUGGCCCUGUGACGGUUGCUAAUGGUGUAGUGUUCGCUGGGUCAUAUGAUAAGCAAGGGAACAUAUAUGCAAUGGAUGCUAAGAAUGGUGCUGUUUUGUGGUCUUAUGAAACAGGUUCAGAAGUAUAUGGGGGUGUAUCAGUUGGUGAUGGAUGUGUGUAUGUUGCUAAUGGGUAUUGGACUGCUGGAAAGUCACUGUUUGCAUUCUGCGUUUGAUGGUGCAUAAAUGUUGAAUUAUAAUUAUAGUUUUGUGAUUAUUCUUCCUCACAAAAACAGGGCUUGAAAUUAAGGGUGUUAUAUCUUAUAUGCAUUGUUGGAAUUGUGUGUCUAAAAAAUAUACUUAUGUAUUAAUUUUUUUAAAAAGAAUAAAGAUAAUGAAAAUAACAUUAGGAAGCC